AUGGCGGCUGAGGAGGCGGAGCGUGAGCGUGGCUAUGUGGCGCUCACGAGGUUCACGAAGUUUCACCCACCUACUUUCGAUGGAGAGGUGGUGGAUCCGGCGACGGUAGAGUCUUGGCUGACGGCUAUGGAGACUCUAUUCGAGGACAUCUUCACCUUGGAGAAGGACAAGGUGAAUCUAGCCGCUCAUUGCUUUGAGAAGCGGGCCAGGACUUGGUGGAAGAGGGUCAAGCGGGACCGACAUUCGGAGCUUCCCCCGAUCGAUUGGGCAGAGUUCCGCAGGCUGCUAUUCGCUGAGUACUUCCCCGACAGUGACAAGAGGAAGAUGCGAGAAGAGUUCCGCAAGCUCAAGCAGGGCAAUCGCACGGACCAGGCGGAUUGUUUUGUUCGAGGACUCCAGCCCGGAGUGUUCAAAUUGGUGCAUGCCUUCAAGUUCCACACGUUGGCGGAGGCAUUGGACCGUGCGCUUUGGGUCGAGCACGGGAACGCUUGCGAGCGUAAGGACCGUGAGGCGCUCGACAAGGACAAGGACAAAGGCAAGAAAAGACAGGGCGGUGAUUCGGGGGGACAGUUUAGCUCCAGGAGGCCCCCGAAGUAUCCACGCUCUCAGUCCAAGGGCCGUGGUACAGAGCGGUGUGUCUUUUGUGGUGGAGACCACCGGCCGGGUGCAUGUGACCAGCACCGAGGGAGGUGA